UUUAUUCAGGCUACAGUUAUGUAUGGAUGUAAACCAUGGACUUAUGUAAACCCGAUUCACGCAUUAAAAACAUAUUAUUCCAUAUUUGCGUUUUAGAAAAUGAAUUUUCUAAAUUACACGGGCGAAAAUAACAUCUACAUUCCGUCUAUAUUUACAACGCAUUUUAUUCAAUAAAAAACAAAAAAUAAAAAAAUGCGUUUUGGAAAGUUUUAAUUGGAGUUCCGGGGCUCACGAGACCCGUCCUACUGAGUUGCUAGUUCUGCGCAUACGCGGAAAAGCGAAAGGGUUCUCGUCGUACGGAACAUGGGGUUUUACUACUCUUUAAAGUAAAAACAGCAUUUAACAUACCACAAAAACACGAAUAACGAGUCAGUGAGUUGUUAGCUCCGCUCAGACAAGUAAGUCCAGUUCUGUCCGCGUCUGUGGACUUCACUUUGACUCCCUCCAGGUAAGCUCAUUCUUGUUUACAUGAUUAGCAAACUUGGUGUAACUCCAGACACAGUUUUUGUUUUUCUGUCCUAAAAUAUCUGACUUGUUAGCACUCCGCAGUAAGUUUUUGUGUGACUUCCUGACUCUGACUUGUGUUCCAACUCCUGGGAUGUCUUUCCCCUGGAUCUCCCUGGUGGACCCAACCAGCAACACGUCCAUCAGCUGCUUCAGCUCCAACCAGAGCACGGUCCUCUCCGGACUCGAGUUCGGAGGAAUUCCAGUCGUCCUGCUGCUGAACUUCUGUGUUUUCAUUGUGUUGCUGAUCAUUUUCUCGAUUAUCAGAAAGAAGUUCUGGGACUACGGUCGAUUAGCUCUGGUUGCAGACAGUGAUGGGUUCAACGAGUCAACGCACCGCCGCUACGGUCGUAUGCCAUCCACAGCGUCCAACGUGGAUGACGCCGAGCACGAAUCGGGGUACUUCUCGUGGCUGUCCUACAGCGUCAGAAUGGACGAAGAGAAGAUCAAACAGAAAUGUGGCGUUGAUGCGUUACACUACCUGUCCUUCCAGCGUCAUCUGAUCAUCCUCUUGGUGGUCAUCACUGUCCUUUCCCUCGGAGUCAUCCUGCCGGUGAAUCUGACUGGGAAACUGCUGAGAAAUGACCCUGUGAGUUUUGGACGGACAACAAUUGGGAAUCUGAGCACUGAGAACGACCUGUUAUGGCUGCACACUGUGUUCGCUGUGAUCUACCUGGCCCUGACCAUGGUGUCUCUGAGGCUGCACACAUCCAAGAUGAAAGACCUGCGCAGGGACAAGGCCAGAAACACCUUGUUUAUUUGUUCAGUCCCUAAAAUGGCAACAGCGGAGGAUGUAAAGGACCAUUUCAGGGAGGCGUAUCCUCAGUGGCGGGUGUGUUCUGUUACUCUGGCCUAUGAUGUGGCCAAACUGAUGCACCUGGAUAAGGAAAGGGUGCGAGCUGGGAAAAACCUGCGGUACUAUGAGCGGGUUCUUGAGAAGACAGGGCUGCGUGGGCUGAUCAACCCGCGACUGUGUAGCAACAUCUGUUGCUGCUCCAGCUGUGAGAAAGUUGAUGCCAUAGAAUAUUACCGUAGUAAAGAAAAGCAGCUGCUGGAGGAAAUGAGGCGGCAGACAGAAGAAGUACCAGAUCAUCCACUGGGGAUGGCAUUUGUCACCCUGAGGUCUGUUUGGGCCUUGUCGCUACCCGAUCCGUACCGGAAACCCGAUCGGUACCACGAAUGCGCGAAUUUUACGUCACUUCCUCUCUUUGCCAACUUUGCGACAGUUACCGACUGCGGGACGUUUAAACAAUGGAUACCUCCAUUUACAACGAAAUUCAUGAUUUUCUCCUCAACGGAGAGCUUCCGGCGAUUGAACAAAAGCGCCGUAAAAUAAGAAGAAUGGCGCCUAAUUACAGACUUAAAG